AAAGCCGGUAGAAACGACAGAAAGCUGCCAGAAGGACGGCCCUGUCGCCGCUGCUCUUCCUUUCCCACCGAUCUUCUGCUUCUCUGCUUCUCUGCGUCUCUUCUUUUUCUUUUCUUCUUUUUUUCUUCUCUUCUUCUCUGCCUAUCCUUUUGCUUCUUCUUCUUCCUCUUCCUCUUCUUAAGGCUGCUGACUAAGCGGGGAGGGGAACCCCCCCCCCCCCCCCCCCCCCAGCCAGCCAGGCCGUCGCCUUUUCCUUUUCGUCUUUUCUUCUUCCGCGACCUCGACUUUCAACCUUCAACCUCGACCUCAAACCUCGACUUCAACCUCGACAGCGACCUCGACAGCAACCUGACCGGGCCUCGGAGACAACUGGCAGACGCAGCGGCAAGGAAGAUCUCCCAAGGAGGCACAGCCAGAGACACAGACACAGACACAGACACAGAGAGAGGAAGAUCACUCUCUCGUCUUCGUCCUCGUCUUGCUGCUGCUCUCAGGUUUCUUCGCCUUCGCUGCCUUUCCUUUCUUUUUCCUCGCUCUCGUUUCUUUUCCUCGCCCUUUUUCUUUUUCCUGCGUCUCACUCACUCUCUCUCUCUCUCUUCAUCGCUGUCGUCGUCUUCUCCUCUCUUGUCGUUCCUGCUGGGCGUCGUCGUUGCUGCUAGCAGGCAAGUCGCCGUGUUGACCCAUCACCAUUAA